CGAGCUAUGAACAUCGAGUGGCAGAAAGAUUGCCACCACAAAAUAAAAAACAUUUGAAAGCACUUCCACAGUAUGCUGCAACUGAAGGAAGCGAAGAAAGUAAGCAGCCCGCACGACUGUGUAUCAGACGCGCAGUUCAUGCAGUUCACGAAGAAGCGGCUAAAGGAGGAGUUGGAGCAGCGUUUUGGACCUGACGUCCUCACACCUGCUGAGGAGCGGUUGAAAAAUCGGACUUCGUCGCUGUCGUCAUGCGUAAGAUGUACCCCUACGGAUCAAGGUUGAAUCCUCGAGCGCUGGAGGCUGAUCCAGACGGCUUGACAGAGUAUCAUGCGCAUGAGGUUGGGAUGUGGUUCCUCUGCGCUUGCCAGCUGUGCAGGGACGAGGGCGGAGACGCGGACAGUCUACACCGCAACAUCAUGUUGGUCGCCGAUCAUUGGGCUGGUGAUCAUUCAGGAUGUGUGGACGGUAGGGAGAUUCUCUGCGAGAAGGCCGGUGGGCGUGCACGAUUGCCUUUGUGUAGCCGCACAGACACGGUCUACGAGCUCGUUCUACGUGUUCUCGAUAAACAAUGCAGCACUAACAUCACGCCGUACUACGUCGAGUUUCGGCACACAUCGGCGGUGGAGACUUUUCAGGGCACCAUCAUUAUCUAUGCGAAGAAGUCGGUGCAUUUCGAGAAGUCUUUUUGCCCACGUUUGUCGAUCGCAGUGAUUCGUUGGAACAGUCACUGCUGGACCGACCCGGUCGGGUAUGAUGCUCGCAUUGCUGCGGGCACUUCCAUACGUGCGAGACCAGGCCUCCGUCGACACUACGGUCACGAGGCGAUCGACUGUUGGAAGGACAGAUUGGCGGCGUCAGUGUUCGGUUCGGCUCAUGUUUCAAACUGGGCUCGAGAGCUUCUGCAGCAUGAGGUUUGUCCUUAUGGAGCCGGGUCAUUGCCGCAUGAUUUGUUCGUCAACGGUGGGGACGACCCAGUGGAAGUCGUUGAUGAUGCUGCCUCGGAUUCCGACCAUGAGGCGGUGGGRGAGAACCGUGUUUUCAUCAUCGGUCACGUGGAGGACGAUGCGGUGCCUGCAUGCGAUGAUUGGGUUCAGACAUCGAGCUCCGAAUCUGAGGGUGACGAUAUAGAGUUGUUCAGCCGUCAAACUUUUAAGUUCGCUCUGGCUGGACCUGCAAAGAGCAAAUCUCAGCAUUCGUCAGUCUCAGUCGCCGGUCAGACAGCAGGUCAGACCCUCCCCGGAAAUGGAAAAGUUGUUCGGACGAAAGUGGGGGGGGAWAAACGAAAGGAACCUACAGAGGACCGUGAUUAUGUCACAGCCAUUGACAGAACGGGACUUGUGAGCCAGAUUGAGAAAAAGGAGGCUGGCMCUGCGGUGAUCCCACUGCUGGAGGACUCCUGGAAACUGCACAGGAAGAGGGCCUGUCCGGGCCGUCAACCCAUAAUGUCAGCRUUGGGUGAACCCGUGCUUGAUGGAGAUGUGGAGAGUGAUCGAUUCGAGGAGGUGGCCCCGGAAGACCAACCAGGGGAGAACGUUCGGUAUGGGUUGGAGAUUCGCAAAGCCGAAGACGGAGUGGGUGGGAACAAUGAGGAAAGCACGGUAGCUGCUCUCCACUCCCGAUAUCACCAACARCAGCUUGACGCACAAGCAAUGCAAAGGGAAAUUGACAGUCUCCCAGAUGUUGACGAUACGGAAACUUACGAGACCAUGCCAAUAGAGCUUUUCGGGGAGGCACUUUUGAGAGGAAUGGGGUGGGAACAGGGGAAACCUCUUGGGCGACGUGCAAACAGUGUAAUUGAGCCCAUGGAAUAUCGUCCAAGGCCUGACAGGCUUAGACUUGGGGCAGUGGCUGGCCGCCCGCCUCAAGAUGAGGCAAAUGGCAAGAAGCAAAAGACUGGCGACCGAAGGGCUCAUGGACCACGGGCUGAUAUGGCCUUACCGAUUGGGUCUGAUGGCAGGGUCCAACAUGUCAGAAAUGGAGGAGAGAACCACACAGAGAGAUUUAGACCAGGAGGAUUUGCCAUUGGGAAGACAAUGAAAAUCAUCGCAGGGAGGCAUUCGGGUCUGCGUGGAGUUGUGUUAAGCAUAGAGACACAUCCACCUGAGAGCGGGAGGUCCGAUCGGGCCACAGUCAGGUUGGAAACGAGCAACGAAAAGGCUGUUAUUCGAGUCAAAGAGCUAGCAGACAUCGAUUUGCCCACCAGCAAACACCGGACUCCUGAGGGGAGGGAUAACAAGCGCUGCCGUGUGUUUGGCGGAGGGGGAGCGGGAGGGGGAGGAGGAGGAGGAGGAGGAGGAGGAGGAGGGGAGGAUUGGGAGGAGCAGGAGAAGGAGCGGGAGGAGGAGUGGGAGAAGGAGCGGGGAAGGAGCAAGAGCGGGGCUAUAGCGCGGGAAGAGGAGCGGGAGAAGCAGGGGGAGGAGGAACGGGGGAAAAA